AUGCGUUCUAAGAUCAGUAUGAAUUUUGAAGUACGAAAUGCGAUUAGCAACGAAAUUCAUCCGAAGUACAAUACGCACUUCAAUAUCCUUCGCUAUUGUCAGUCGUGUGAAUUCAAUGCAUCGAAAACUAUUUAUAUGCUGCGACGACAUCUGCGUUUCCGUUCUGAGUAUGAGCUGGACACGAACGUUGGCGAGAAUCAACUAAGCAGUCUGCCGUGGCUUGAGGAAUACGCACCGUGGACAAUCGUUGGACCGAAUCGUAAAAAUGUCCAAGAGGCAGAUCAUUUGAUCGUUGUAGAGCAAAUUGGUCAAAUCGACUCGCACGGUUUACUCAAAGCGGUUGAAUACACCAAAUUUAUGCAUCAGCAAUUCAGGCGAAUGGAAAAACUCUUCAACGUCAUUCAUAAGGUCGAAUGCUGA